CCAAAAUGAACCUAGUUACUAACUUCAAGGAGCAAAAAUUAUAUUAUUCCUUUUGUUUAUUGUCUUUGGAUCUGUUAAAUAAACCCUCCAUUCUCUCUUCGGUACUUUUUUUCAUUCUCUCUUUCAAAACUCAAAUCCUCCUCAGGCCCUUUUCCGUUGUCUUGCCACGAGGUUUUUCGAAGUCUUGGAGCUUUAAUUUUGAUGAUUUUGGAAAAUACCCAGAUCGGUUAUUGAAUGGAUGAGGCAAAAGAGAAGGGUGAUUCAGUGAGUAUUGUUUCAGAAUCUUCAGUAACUGUUAGUGAAAUUGUGGUUGAAACAAUGGCUUGCGAGGAUCGAAUUCGGAUCAAGGAAGGAGGUGAAGCGGGUCUUGGUAAUGGAGAUGAUGUAACGGUGGAGGUUUUGGAUUCUCAUGUUCAUAUUGAUGGGGGAGAUGGAGGGGCAGUUCAGGCCCGUUCUAUUGAUGAAGCGGUUUGUGGUCAUCAAGAGUUCAGUAAAGUUGGUUUGGAGGUUAACAUGAGAACCUUAGAUAGUGAAUGCCAUGCGGUAGGUGGUUUGGGUUCAAGGAAUGAGGUUUUGGGUGGUGAAGCUAGGGCUCAGAAUGAGGUAAAUGGAGGUGUGGUUUGGUCUUGUUCUAAUGAUGUAGUUUGUGGUCGUGAUGAGUCUGAUGAAGUUGGUUUGGAGGGUAAUCCGAGUACCUUAGAUAGUGAAGGUGAUUUAGCUGGUGAUUUGGGUUCAAGGUAUGAGGUUUCAGGGGGUGAAGCUAAGGCUUGGAAUGAGGUAAAUGGAGCCAGGGUUUUACGUUUCAGUGCACUAGAUAGUUCUGCAGGUAAGAACGCAGAGCAGUCUAGCGGAAUUAAUGAAGGUGGGGGAGAUUUGAAUCAAGCUAAGGAGACAGGUAAAGUUGGUAAUUUGGAUAGUUAUGAAUUGAAUCAUGGAAACCAGAAACGAGUUGUAUGUUUGUCUGCUGCAUCCGAAGAUUCAGGUGUACAAACUAAAAUUGUUGAGGAAGCUGCAAUGGCAAUUGAUGAGGAAGAUUUGAUUGCCUUAGAUGGUGGUCAAGAAACUCCUAUAUCUGAACUGAUAAAGAAAGCUGCGAAUGUCGGUGUAGAUGCCACAUCCCUGAAUGUCAAUACACUGGUUACUGCUGAAUGUGUUCCUGGUUCUGAAGCUAAAGAUCCGGUCUAUUCAUGUCAGUCAACUGGAUCGAUUGCCGCAGGCCAAUUAGAUGAGAAGGUUAGUUCCAACAUGGAAAUUGACAAGCAAGGUACUGAUUACGAGCAACAGCAGAUGGAGGUUAAAACUCCUCAUCUAAGCACCCAAAAACAUGAUACGGGUAAUGUCCAAUCCUUAAAACCUGAGCCAAUUAUUGACGGAGGAGAGGGAGUUGGUUUAAGCACGGGGGAAGCAGUGCUUGCAGAAAAGCAGGUUUCCGAUGCUAAAGAAGUCGGUUUUGAUGCAGAGCAAGAUGUUAAAGUUGAGAAAAUGGGAGUUAGCCCAAAAAAUCGCGAUCCAAGUGAUGUUUCGGAAUCAUUAGGUCACCAAAUGGAUGUAUUUGUUGGUAGUGGUGAAGUUGAAGCCGCAAAAGUUGAUAACAAUGUUUUGAACCAAAUAUCUCCUGCUGUUGCUUCUGAUAAGGAGUUACAGUUGUCAGGAAAUGAAGAUCCGUUAGCUAAAAAUGUGGUUUCUGAGGACGAUUCAAGUGUAGAGCAAGAAAUGAAUGUUGAAGAUCAAGUUACUAGUGAUGAACCGGAUUGUUUAGAACAAGUGGAAGAAAUGGAAGUCGUAGAACAUGAUAGCGACUCUGACCAGCCAACCAACGUAGAUUAUCAAACUGUUAAACAGACAGCUCUUAAGUCCUUGAGUGGCGUAAAGAUGCAUCAAGCCCAGCAGCUUCUGUCCGAGGAAGAAGGAGGAUUUUCAGUUUCUGAUUUAGUCUGGGGUAAGGUCAAGAGCCAUCCAUGGUGGCCAGGACAGAUAUUUGAUCCUUCUGAUGCUUCAAAGAAGGCAGUGAAGUAUCAAAAGAAGGACAGCUUUCUCGUGGCAUACUUUGGGGAUCGGACAUUUGCUUGGAAUGAACCAUCUGUUUUGAAGCCGUUCCGAACACAUUUCUCUCAAAUAGUGAAGCAAAGUAAUUUAGAAUCAUUCGAGAAUGCAGUCAAUUGUGCUUUGGAAGAAGUUUCUAGACGAGUCGAGCUUGGUCUGGCUUGCCCUUGCAUACCGAAGGAUGCCUAUGACAGGAUAAAAUUCCAAAAAGUUGAGAAUACCGGAGUUCGGGAAGAAUCAAGUUUAAGAGAUGGUGUUGAUGUAUCUUUAAGUGUUAGUUCUUUUGAGCCAGACAAAUUAAUUGACUAUAUGAAAGAAUUAGCGGAGUCUCCAUACAGUGGGGGUGAUCGAAUCGACCUUGUGAUUGCUAAAGCUCAAUUGUUGGCAUUCUAUCGUUUAAAAGGUUAUCAUCAGCUGCCUGAAUCCCAAUUUUCUGAGGAGAAAAGGCUCGAGGUAGUUGACUGUGCUACUCCUAUGGAUACGGAUGGUGAGCAAAAAUCCGAGGCUUCGAAGUCUCGGAGACGAUCUUACCUUAAACGGAAGCAUAAUCUGAAGGAUGGAUUGUAUCCUAGUAAAAAGGAGAGAAGCUUGUCCGAAUUAAUGAGUGAGACAUUUGAUUCUCCUGAUGGUGAAAUCGGGUCUGAUGUGAUAGGUAAUAAGCCCCCUUCAUCAUCAUUUGGCAAGAAAAGAAAAGCCAUUGAUUCCUCGGAAGACUCUGUGAUGCAGGAAGGGAGGAAGACAUCUAAAGGGUCUCUAAGCACACCUCAUUUCCCGAAGCCUUCCUUUAAGAUCGGUGAGCGUAUCAGUAGAGCUGCAAGCCAAAUGACUGGAUCCCCGUCGAUUCUAAAGUCCAGUGGUGAUAGGUUACAGAAGCUUGAUGGUGGCUGUGAAACUCCUGCCACGUGUGGAUAUGAUGUUCCCAUUGAUAAUCUUGAGGAUGCAGAGCGAAAGAGGAUGGGUAUUUUGACUGAAUAUUCAUCACUUGACGAGUUGUUGUUGCAACUUCACUUGGCAGCAUGUGAUCCAAUGAAAGGUUACAGUUCUCUUAAUAUUAUUAUUAGCUUCUUCUCAGAUUUCAGAGAUUCGAUAGUUCUGGAUCGACUUUCCAGGGACAAAGCAGUUGGCCAAAGGAAGAAGUCACCAAAUUCUAUCAUUGGUUUUUCAGAAACUUUUGAGUUUGAGGACAUGAGUGACACUUAUUGGACUGACAGAAUAGUCCAAAAUGGUUCCGAGGAGCAGCCAUCAGUUGGUACUGAUAGGGGACAAUAUCAAUUUGUGCCUGUCGAAUUAGAUAAACCAAUUCAAAAAGUCCGUAAGUCUCGAAAGCGGUAUUCUGAUACCAGUCAUGAUUUGACAGCACAGAAACCCCCUGGCUACGUCGAUGAGAAGGCCCCAGCGGAAAUUGUUAUGAGCUUUCCUGAGAUCAAUUCUGUUCCUUCUGAAACAAAGCUAAAUAAGAUGUUCAAGCACUUUGGACCAUUAAAGGAAUCCGAGACAGAAGUAGAUUGCGAAACCAGCCGUGCCAGAGUUGUUUUUAGAAGAUCAUCUGAUGCAGAAGUUGCUUACAAUAGUGCCAGGAAAUUCAACAUCUUUGGGCUGGUGUCUGUAACUUAUCAACUCAACUACACUAUUUCUGAAUCAUUCAAAGCUUCGUUGUAUGCUCCAACCCUAGCUGAGGAGAAUCCAUUCAUUGCUUCAGCCCCUUGUGGGGACCAUGCACUUAUUGCCCCAAGCCUAGGUGAGGAAGCUUCAUUCAUGGUUUCAACCCUUGGUGAGGAAACUUUACCCAUCGCUAGUACAUUCCAUGAGGAACCUUGGUUCAUAGCCUCAACUACAGGUGAGGAUACUUUGGCCAUUCCCACUACCUUAGCUGAUGGAGCUUCGGAUGUUGCUACAACCAUGUAUGAGAAAACAUUGCCUGUUACAACGACUGCAGGUGUGGAAACAAUGGCUGAUGCUACCAUUAUUGUUGACAAAACCUUUACUGUUGCCACAACUGUAGGCGAACAAUCUUUGCCUGUUUUCACAACCAUUGAUGAGCAAACGUCAACUGCUGCUGCAAGCUUGGUUGACGAAGCUUCAUUUUCCCAUUUAACUUUGAGCAAAAGAACUUCGACUCUGACCGCAACCUUGGGUGAUCAAACUUCAAGCAUUGCUACCUUCCAUCCAGAAAUUCCUAGUGUUCCUGCAACUGUGGGUGAAGAAACUUGUAGCAUUCCCGCACCCUCGGCUGAAGAAACUCGUAUUCUUCCAAACUUGGAUGCAGAAACUCCUAUCCAUCCUGUGACCUUGGCAGAGGAAACCCCUAGUAUUUCUAGAACCUUGGGCGAAGAUACUCCAUCUGUCCCUGCAGCCUCCAAUGAAGAAGCUCCGGUAGGUACUCUGAUCUUCAGUGGAGGAACUCACACCCUUCCUGGAAAAUUGGUUCCCACAACCUUGUGUGAGGAAACAACCAUGCCUGCAACGUUAGGUCAAGAAACUCCUACCCUUCCUGCAACAUUGGGUGAAGAAGCUCAUAGUAUUCCCUCAACCUCGAGUGACGAAAAUCGUGGCAUUCCAACUAACUUGGAUGAAGAAACUCCUACUGAUCCUGUGACCUUGGCAGAGGAAAGCCCCAGUAUUCCUGAAACCUUGGAUGAAGAAACUCCAUCUGUUCCUCCAACAUUCAGUGAAGAAACUCCAGCUGUUCCUCCGUCAUACAGUGAAGGAACUACUAUUCCUCCUUCCUUCAACGAGGAAACUCCUACUGUUCCUGUAACAUUGGGUCCAGAAACUCUAACCACUUCUACCGCCACGAGUGAGGAAACUGCAAAGAUUCCUGCGACCUCAGGUGAGGAAACUACAAGUGCUCCUGUGACCCUGCAUGAGGAAACUCUGGCUAUUCCGACAACUUUGGAUGAGGGCAGUCCAACAAUGACCACAAAAUUGGAUGAGGAAACUCCAACCAGUCCCACAAACUUAGCUGAGGAAACUUUGACUACUCCCACAUCCUCCGGUGUGGAAGCUUCAACAGUUCUCACAACUAACAGUGAGGAAACAUCUGCUGUUUCUACAACUACGGAAAUGGAAACUUUACCCCCUGCGGGUGCUGAAAGUGUAGAACCUGCAACUUAAUAGCUUUACUGUCAAAACUACUCAGAAAUUUCAGAAUUGUUGUAGGGGAGAACACACCAGUGGUUCUGAUAUUGGUGUGGGGUUUGGUAGGGCUGAUUCGAGUUGCCAUAAAAGAAAGCAAGCAGGCGGCAGAUGGCUCAUCUGGUGCAACUCGAGUCUUGUGCUCGGAUUCUUUCUUUGUCAAAUUAUGCUGUACUGAGUGUAUUGCUAUUCACAUAUGCUCCGGCUAGUGUAAUAUAUGAUGAUGACCUUUUUCACUGAUGUUAACUCCUAGAGGAGAGGACCUAGAGAAUUUUUUAAUUGAAUCUAUUUCUUUCUGCUGCUUAAUCA